AUAAAAAAAUAAAAAAAACAUAAAAAAAUAUAAAAAAAAUCAUUUUAAUAUUUUUAGCAGCCAAAAUAUGGAAAUCAAACGCCCAACGAACUGGGCUGAAUCAAUAUCAUCAAUUCUCCGAAAAACUGAGCUAAAUCUGCUUAAACUUCAGCGCACAAAUUAUCAUCAUGAUGAAUACGCUAGACCUCCUUCUACAAUGACUCAGCUUGAUCUUUCAAUGGAUCAGCGGCAACGUUCAAGCUUUUUUGAACCAACUGAUAACGCAUCCUUAAUCCAGCAAGAGCUCUCAGGAUUUAAACAGUCAAUCGAAAAACUAUUCACAGAAAAAUACAAGCAGCAUCAAAGCGAAAUGUACAAUUUAAGCCUAAGAGUCACUGAUUUAGAAGAUAAACAAAUUGCAUUUGAAGAUCUUAAAGAAGAGCUUCAAAAUACACUUUUAGCAAUAGGAAGAAAAACAAUUGGAGAAAAUAGAAAAUUCGAUGACAAUACAAAGAAUUAUGCCACAAAAGAAGAUUUGAAAUUGGUAGAAGAGUCGUUUCAGCAUAUAAGGCAGCAUCAAAUUAACAAAAUUGAAAUGCAGAUAAGGGACAUUAUGCAGGAAAAUUUAGGGAUAAGAGACUAUGUAAAUAACAUUGCUGAUGAAAAAAAUAAAGAAAACUUAAAAAAAUCAAUCUCGCCAUAUGAAAUAAGGUCGAUCAAGGAGGAAAUUCAAUAUGAGACAAAUGUGAAAAUAAAAGAAAUUGAAAGAAAAUUUUGUAAUGAUAUAGAGAGAGAAUUAGAUUAGAGAAGUUAAAGGGGUUUAUUUCAGCCCUGGUCAGUCGAGCUUCAGCUUCGCGCUUCAUGUGGCGCUAGUCACUAAAGCCACCUAACGCCCUUUUCUGUCGAUGUCACCAUUUUUUUAAUGACGUCGACAUCUUUCGGGGAGACUCACCCGCACCUGCUGGACCAAAAAAUUGCAGCAAAGGACUCUCUUAACCCCUGGUAGUGCUCAGGGUAUGAGGGGACCGUCCCGUGCCUCCUUCUGGAACUACCCUUGCCAUUUGCAGGCAUCAUAUUGCUCCUCCAGAAGUAUCCGAUUGGUAUUGCGCCGUCGGUCUCUCUCGUCUGUGGGCUGAGGAGAGGCCCAGUCAGCCCAAGCCAACACCCACCCGGAUAAUCGCCGUCAGCGACCCCGUGGCCCUUCGGGGCCACUUUUUUAAAUUUGUGACCCCAAAUUCUGGAUUUUUUGUUUUGUUUGUCGCAGCACAGCAACGUGUCGCCACAUUGCCUAACGGCAAUUAUGUAAUGAUAUAGAGGAUAUUGCCAAACAAUAUAGGCAGCAAAAUGAAGAUCAUUAUAAGUCAUUGAAAGAAUUGGCUAAUGCUGCUCUCCAAAAAUAGGCUCCAUAUUAUUUGAUUGGAGCAUUUUCCUCGUGUGAUAUUUCCUCGGAUUUUUAGUCUAAUUUUUUUCCUUUUGGCAUUUAAUAGAAUUUUAACUUUUUUUUCCCGACAAUCGUCACGAGGAAAAAGUUACGACUAAAAUCUGAGGAAAUUUCACACACGAGGAAAAAGUUUCCAUUAAAUGACUGGCAACACCAAAAAAUAUGAUUCACUUUCAAAAUUAGUUGACGAAGCAAAGCAAAAUUCAGGAAAAUUGCAAAACACAAUAAAUUUAGAGCUCUCGCAAAUAAAAAAUCAAAGCUCCCAACCUGAUUUUAAUAUAGUUAAUGAGCUAAAGCAGAAUAUAGAAAACGCAAAAAAUUAUGCAUCUGAUGAAAUAGAAAGGAUUAAAAAAGCAUUAAAAUUAUUAGAAAAUUCUAUUGAUUCACAAGAUAUUGAACUGGAAAUUGAAGGCCUUAAGAAGCGUAUUGAUGUCAUACCAGCACAGCCUGUCUUACAAGAUUUAUCAAAUUUCGUUUCAAGAGAGGAGUUUAACCAAAUAAAUGUUAUCAAAAAAGAUCUAAAACAAUUAGAAGACACAAUUAAGAGUCAUGAUCUGAAUAAAGAAAUAGAAGCGCUUACUCCCCUCUUUAAAUUGGAAAAAAAUAUUGAUAAAAUUUCCAUUUUUGACUAAAUACCUUUAAAUUGGAGUAAAAUAAUUUAGUUUUUAUAGAUAAAAAUAAUAAUUUAUAUUUAAAACAUGGCCUUAAGGUCUGGACUGUUGUACCAAGAGGGAGGCUGACACAUGUCGCCAUUUAAUUUAUUAUUCCACUAUAAAGGGGAGUUAGAAAAGAAAUAUCUCAUUUUCAACCUCAAGAUUUAUCAAAUUUCGUCACUAAAUCUUAUUUAGCAGAACAAAUAGGCACAAUCCAGCCAAAUCAAGAAAUUUCCAAUCAAUUAAUUUCUAUCCAUAUCAAACUAAAAGAGCAAGGCGAAGCUUCAUCAAAAUUAUCCAAUAAAAUUGAUGAUUUAGAGCACCAUUUAAUUCAGAUAGAAGAAGAAUCAUCUGAAGAAAUUAGCCUUGAAUUAAGCAAAAAAGAAGGAAGUAUAUUAAAAAAACAAGAGCAGCAAAUUGAAGUAAAGCCUGAAGAAAAUAAAGAGUAUAGUGGACUAGCGACCUUCGGAAAACCUGAAGAAAGCAAGGAUCCAGAAGAGUUAGUAGCAAUUUCUUUUAAUAAUUUAGGUGAAAGUGAUGAUGAUAGCCAAGGGUUUAUUUCACCAUUGAUAUCUCCCAUGAAUCAAGUCGUUGUUGGACCUAUUGGAUCGGCAAAACCUAUCAAAAAAUUCCAGUUUUCUGAACCAUUGGUUAUAGAAGAAGAUGCCAGAGGAGAAGAAAGUGCUUCUCCGCAUCAAAGAGCGAAUGAAAAUAAGAAGGAUCUUGAUGAAUACAUAGCGGAGUUUACAAAAGAACUUAUUAGGACAGAGCUUGAAGAUGGCUUGCUUGUCGUUAAAGAAGUUUUGGAUAGAGUGCCAAAACCGAAAGUUGGUCAGAGGCAUGAAAAGUUAUUGCCGAAGAAAUUUUAA